CAUCACUCACUUUCCCACAAAUAAGGCCUCUAUUUCAUUUUGAAAUCGAUGCCUAUGAAUAUUGCCUCACGAAAAUAUUAAUAGAUCCAAAUCAAUCGUUCAGUUCAGUUUCUCUCUGACCCUUUUGAACGCACCUAUUGUCAUCCAGUCGAACGACAAUUCACGAUAUCUUCUUUCACGGAAAUACAAUACACACGCCCCCUGUAAUUUUUGAGUUUUUGUUGGGUGUUUUCUUUGUGUGUUCCCCACAAAAAUCAAUCGAUCAAUCAUGCCAUCCGGUGCAAAGAGGAGAAAAGCUACUGCCAGGAAAAAGAAGGGACAACAAGCGACCACAACCAACUAUAACAAAAUCAGCUCUUCAACUAACAGCAACCCUUCAGGCAGCAAUGAUCGCAAAAGCCUGGAUGAGAGGGAGAGUGAUGGUGGUGAAGUCAAUUCCCUUGCAUCUGAGGAGCAUCAUGACCAGCAACAAGAGGAGAGCGAAGAAUUGGAUAAGAGGGAACCAAUACCUGUUCAAUCAUUUGACUCUGAGAACAAGUCCAUGGAGGAAGUUCCUGGAGAUGUAGAACAUACUGAGAAAUUAGAAAUUGAAGAUAAUAGUGCUAUUAAAAUGGAAAGGGAAUUGAAAUCUGAGGACUCAGAGAGCCAAAUUAUUGACGUUAAGCUGAAGGAGUCAAUUGAUGGGAGCUCUAGCAGCAGUAGUAGUUCAGUUGUUGAAUCUCAAGUUGUUGGGAAGAAAACCGAGGAGGCCGCCCACGGCUCAGUUUCAGAAGCAAUAUCACAUAAUGGAGAGAAUAAGGCUGUUGAGUCUGUCUAUGGUACAAUUUCAGAAGCAAUUUCACGUAAUGGAGAGAAUAAGCUAGUCGAGUCACUUCUAGAAGAAGUAGUUCAGGUCGUUGAAGAGGCAUCAUUUGAGGAGACUGAUAAGUCAGUUGUAGAUGCAGUUACUACUGUUGAUUCUGUUAAGCCUUUGGUAGCUGUGACUGAGGAGGUGAUUUCUGUGGCACAAAGUGAUCCUAUUGAGAAAUCUUUGGUUCCUCAUAUGGUAGAAACUAGGUUGAAGGAAACUGAAGAAUCAAAGAGAAGUGAGGAUAGAGUAUUUCCCUUAUUGGAGGACGAUGUUGGGGCACCUUCAAGUGUGGUGGAAUCUAUAUCAAAUGGAGACAGGGGUAAGGUUGUACCCACCUCAGAUGCUCAGAUUACUGAAACUAAUGCAGAAAGUAUGAGCGAUUCCAAAAUUUCUGAGUCAUCUGAAAACCAGCCUCUUAUUGCUGCUGCUCCACGACCGGCAGAAAGAACCUCCUGGAUGAGUUGUUGUGGAUUGCUUGAUGUACUAACAGGCUCCAGUAGAUAAGUCAAGGUUUUGUUUGCCAAGUUAAGUGGAAGCAAAUUGCUUGGGACAGAGCACAAUGGGGUUUCUAUGGACCAGGAGCAUGUGAAAGAUGGGAGGGAUUUGGUUUGUGGAGUUUGUGUUAUUUCAAAUGAGAAUAUUUUCAAGGUAUCUCUCAAGAAUAAUAGGAAAGGGACCUAAAGGGACGACAAUUAUAUGGUUACCGUGGUCAUAGUGUGAACAUGGUUAGACAAUUACUCACUGUCCCUAGCUUUUGCCACAGUUCUUUUUAAUUUCAAUUUUGCAGUGUAGCAUUUUCCUGCCGUUGGGUUGGGCAGAUUUUUUACCUUCAAAUUACUCUUACUUAAGUGCUGUCAUGAUAUGGAACAGUUUCACGGCAUUGUUAUAA